UAUUGAGUCAUUGAGAGCAUUUUUGUCUUCAGAGUUCACCAAUCGGGAUGAACAUGCUGAGAUCAUGGCGUGGAAAAAUGUCCUCUCCCUUUGAAAAGCGACGGUGGUCGGUGCGGCUUGUCGUCAUUAAUUUUUCGUCCAAGCUAAAUCCGGGCAUUCUUGGUUCCGAAAAUGUUGGUGGGGAGUUUUGGAGGAGGGGCUCUUUAGGCAUUCUCUGGGAGAAUCCCAGACUCCCUGGUGUUCAUCCGCAGAAAGCGGGAUUGAUUGAAAGGAUUGCCAUCCUUUUCUGCUUAUCUGAUUCUCCCCUUGAUUCAGAGUAAUCGCCUGACCCCUCAUCGCCUUUGCUGUGCUUUUUGCGAUAGCGGGGCAAGGACAAUAGAAGAAGGUACAACAGAAGAAGAAGAAGAAGAAGAAGAAGAAACAAGACCGAAGAUGGGUGUGGUCAGGUUGGCCAUCGGGGAUGCAGUAAUCACCUUUUUGUGGGUGAUCGUGGCGGCUUCCUUGGCUCCUCUGGGUACCAUCAUAACGUCCUACUUCCAGGUCCAGCCUCCCCUCGAUCUCCUCGUGAUGACGGCCCUCAUAUUCCUUCUCGUCGUCGUCUUCAACGUCGUCGGAGACUUAUUGGGUGAUGCCAGUUUCAAUCCGACGGCUAACGCUUCCUUCUACGCUGCCGGCUUGGGAAACGACAGCCUCUUUUCCAUGGCCAUCCGUUUUCCCGCUCAGGCAAUUGGGGCAGUGGGCGGUGUAUUGGCGAUGGCCGAAUACGCGCCUGCAAAGUACAAACACAUGCUGGCCGGCCCGGCAGUGCAGGUCGAUUUGCAGACGGCAGCCAUUGCUGAAGGAGUAUUGACCUUCGUUAUCAGCCUCACUGUCUUUUUCAUCAUCUUCAAGGGCCCGAAAAGCUCGUUUCUGCAGACAUUACUGAUAUCCAUGGCAACUGUAGGGGUCAUCGUUGCCGGAUCCAGCUACACUGGGCCGUCAUUGAACCCCGUGAACGCAUAUGGAUGGGCUUACAUCAGGAAGAAACACAACACAUGGGAGCAAUUCUACGUCUACUGGCUCCCACCUCUGGUCGGGUCGAUUCUGGCCGCUUGGGUUUUCCGGCUAUUCUUCUCUCCUUCGGCGCAGAAAGUGAAGAAAGCCUGAGCUGGGGAACCAAAUUCAUUACAAUUCGAAAGGAUGAGCAAUUGUUUAGGGCUCUCUUAAAAUAUCACGCUUGCUAUUUAUCUUUUCUUCCUCGGAUGUGUUCCCAUUUAGUAGCACAGGGUGUAUCACUGGUCAUUAUGGUACCUUCAAACUUCAAAGAGCUCGUGUUUAUUCA